AACGACGAGCGACGAGGACGAGGACGCACGCGGGUUGACGCACGUAGUCGGCGUCGCGCGUGAGUCGUCGCGUCGACUCGCGCGGUCUAUUUACACCGCGGCGCGACGCGAUUGGCCCGGGACGGCUGGAGCGAGUGGAGCGAGUGGAGCAGCGGCCGACACAUGCGCGUGCCGACGUGCGUCAAAACAAAGCACGGCGGCGCUGCCCUCCCGGCAGCAUUCUAUCGCGAUCGUCCGCGGCGACAAGUCGCGCGCACACGGCGUGCUGGUGCACACUCGUCGUCGCUCGUACGUCGCAGGCGUCCCCUGUACAGUCAGUGUCCUCGUCGCUCGCGCGCGCAUACGUUCCUUGUUUACGUGCGCCGUUUCUGCGCCUCUCGCCCGUCCCCGUGCCCUCUCUCGCACGGCACGUCACCGACUCCGGCAAGUUCGCCAUCCGCGAGUGUGCCACGCACGACGCGCGUCGCGUCGACACGGCGAUGUCGUCCACGGUGAAGUACACGUCGGACGAGCAGCUGAGCGAGUCCUGGGUGGAGCUGGUGCCGGACCCGCCGCUGGCUGCCCGGAUAACGCCGACGCCGUUCAGCAUCACCGGCGAACGUGAAUACCUGCGACUUCUCAGGGAAGCACAGAGGGAUUCUACACACUCGUCCGCGAGGCAUUCCCUGGCGUCCUCGCGCCGGGACACCCCGAGGGAUAGCCCGAAGAGCCCGCCGAACAGCCCGAACACGGAACUCUCGACCGAAGAUGAGCUCAAGGGAGUCUAUAUAAAUUACGGCUGCAACAAGGAGGGUGAACUUCUCGAGAAGAACACGGAUUGGAUCGACGAGUGGAGCUCUCGGCCGGACCAGGCGCCUCCAAAGGACUGGAACUUCAAACACCCUUUGAGUAAUCCCCUCAGUAAGAGGAAAACAUACAGCAUCCGCACCGCGAAGGUUGGCAAGAACGGAUUGUUUUCCAAGGAGGUCAUUUACACUCUAUUCUUUACGAAUCUUUUGUCACUGCUCAUUGGGACCGGUCUAGGUGUUUUGCUCACCAGGCGGGGCUUGAUAAUGUCCCGCGUCGCUAUUGAGUGAAGGGCACGACUCCGGGUGUGUCAGCAUCAGGAUUGUCACGGUUGAAUCUGCGCGAAAAAGAGGGCUAGAGACGCAAGAAAGACUGAACAAGCCGGUGGGCGAUCGAGCCUAAAAAAAAAAAAAAAAAAACCAGUUACACGCAGCACAUAAAUUCGAUUGUCCCGAUUUAUAAUAUUAGCACUUUGUAUUAUAUAUUAGCACUUUUACUCCCCCAAACCCCUUACUGUACUGUGUACUUCUCAGAAAUUGCGUAUGCUAGAUAUAAAUAAUACGCAUUAUGAUGCUUAGGAAAAGGGAAAGUUAAGAAAAAGGGCAGAAGGGACAGAAGAAAGGAAUCUAUUAUAUAUAACUUAGAGUUUGUUGAAAGGAACAGGAAAAUGAACGAAACAUGUCCAUUUUAUACCGUUUCUAAUGCGUUUCUAUCUGCAAUAGUUUUUAGGCAUAGCUUGAAUAGUAUUUAUCAGAAACUAAUUAUUGUUAGAACAGAAAGAAACCAGGCGAGAUUGAGAGAGUGAGAGAGCGAGAGAGAAAGAAUGAGUGUUUGUUGUGUAGAUGUGUAUCGGUGAGGAAAGAGCAAGAUUUAAGAUGGAAAAGGAUCAGGAUUUAUCAAUAAAAAUAGUCCCGAAAACGCUGCACAACUCGUCUUGGUAUACGAGUUGUAGGAAUCUUGUUGCAUUGCGAGCGAGUUUUAAUGUUGUGAUUUGUUACGGUAACAAGAAGGAAAGGAAAUGUACGUCGUGUCCAGUAAAUUCGGAACAGAACGCGAUUAAAUGUUAAAUAAUAAGGCGAUGUCGACCGAUUAUUCCUUUUUUAAUUAUCGCGCGGCGAUUGUGAUGAUCGUCAUUUCGGUGGUGAUCUAAAAGGGGUAACGACAGUAGAGUUCCUACGGAGGAAGUACCGAUGCUGACGCCCACCGUCUCGACGCCGACUACGGGCGGUAGCCGGAAGGAGGGACCACAAGAACGAGCAGACUUGUUUGUGAAUGACGAGAAAUCUUUUUGGGGGCGGCGCUUUUGUACGAUUUUGUCUUAAUCUACGGUUUUGUAAUUUCCUUGUAAUAAAUUCACAUACGAAUUCACAUGUAAACAAAUGUGUUUUGUCGUUUACGUCUUUGAUUUCAAACGUCGAUCCGUGACCGUCACGCGAUCAUAUGAUUUUCGUUUUGGUACGCGAGAUUUUGAGAAGGCAAAUGAGAAACCCAUUUUUCGAAAAGCUUAUUAAGACUCGAUCUUAAUAAUAUAUCCGCAAAAAGGAAAUUUAUAAAAUAAAACGUAGCCUUUUCAUAUUCUCGAAAGACUAUUUAGGCCACUACUCGCUUUCAAUUUGAAUUCAAUACAUUUUUUUUCACUAAUAAAUACUUAAUGCUUCGUGAUUAUCGGCUGUAUCUGUGACCAUAUGUCGCAGAGAAAUGAUAUUUUUUAUCUUGCAUGUAUUAUGCUUUGAAGGCUCGAAUUCUUGUAUAAAACGUUUUGUGCGUGAGCAUGCAAAUUUUUCCAGCGACGAGAAUUUGAUUCUUGUGAAUGCUCUCGCGCUCACGAUUUUGUAUUUUACGAGGAGAAAGAUUGAGCGUUCUAAGAAUUAGUAGCUUAUCAAAAAUAUGCGCAAGCGACAUCGCGACGUAAUCCUUUGAGUUUCGAAUUUAGAAAUGAGUAUCGAUUAAAUGUGACAGAUUAAAAAUACGUCACUCGUAUUUUAGAUAAGCCAUAUUCAUAUGUUUAGAUAAAAUUAAACGCACGUUGAAACUA